AUGGGCGACGUGACAAAUCCAGACAACAAGUACUUCCCCGCGAUAAUUGUUGCUAUUAUCGUAGGUAUCCUCCUCUUUCUGAUGUUGGUAAUGUGGGGCGUGCAGCAAUAUGUCAAGCGCACGCCGAAGCACCAUAAGGACAGUCAGUCGUAUUAUCCAGACAACUUCUAUCGCGGCUUCAACAAGAGGAAACCAAAUACCAGGCGCGAGAAUGUGGAAGAGGUGGUGGAGAAGGGCAGCGACGGGAGUGAGCACAGCAAAGACAGCGCUAUUGACCUCGAGCAACGACUACCGAGGCCACUCCCGCGUAUCAAAACGGACAACAACUACCUCCCGAGACCAGAAACACUCUACUCACCUACUAGACCCAACUCCACUCUCCUCCUCGAUGAAUUUGUGGCACCGCUAUUCGGCAACAACAACAACCACUCUCAAUCCAAUCUGCUAAGAAGCAGCCAGAACUCGCAUGACGAGAUACAUUAA